AUGUCCAAGCGUAGCCUACUAACUAGGCAAUGGCCCUAUUGCCUCGCAGAAAUUCUGAACGCGUCUGGGAUGGUUAGUCAACUCUCAACUAAUAUACACAACGUGCAAAUGGCUUCCAUUGAUGCAUCUAUCGUUCCCUUUGGGGCGGCGAUGCGUGAGCAAUUUCUUUUCGAUCCCAACUUCCUAAAUCUGAAUCACGGCUCAUUUGGAACCUAUCCUGCAGCGGUUCGCACCGCAUUGCGCCACUUCCAGGAUCAAGUUGAGGCGCGUCCAGAUCCAUUCAUCCGCUACACCACUCCCAAAGAGCUAGAUGUCUCUCGCGAGGCUGUCGCCAAGCUACUGAAUGUCCCGCGGAGCGAAUGUGUCUUUGUCAAAAAUGCCACUACGGGAGUGAACACCGUCCUGCAUAACUUGUCUUUCAAGUCAGAUGAUGUCAUCAUCUAUUUUGAAACCGUCUACGGCGCUCUCGAAAAAGGCAUUGUAUCCUUUAUCGAAUCUAGAGCCGCUCAGAUUCGUAAAGUCCGAUAUGAAAUGCCGACUAGUCACGAGAACCUCGUGGACCGCUUUCUCCAGGUCGUCCGGGAGGCACGGAGCGAGGGAUUGAACGUGAAGCUUGCCCUUUUUGAUGUGGUGACUAGCCUGCCAGCUGUGCGGUUUCCGUUUGAAAGGCUCACUGAAGUUUGUCGCGAAGAAGGAAUCCUCAGCUUGAUUGAUGGUGCGCACGGUAUUGGGCAGCUGCCGUUGGAUCUCGGGAAGCUACAGCCGGACUUCUUUACAAGUAAUUGCCAUAAAUGGCUUUUCGUCCCCCGGAGUUGCUGUGUGCUAUAUGUCCCGAAACGCAACCAACAUCUCAUUCGAACCACCAUUCCCACCUCCUGGGGCUUUAUCCCCUCUGAAGACUCUCCUGCGACGGCCCCUUCUGUCAUGAAAAGUGACGAUGUGACGAAAAGCGCAUUUGAGAGUCUCUUCGAAUUCGUCGCUACCAAUGACGAUACGCCCUACUUCUGUGUUCCUGCUGCGUUGGAAUUCCGCAAGACGAUAUGUGGUGGCGAAAAGCGUAUUUACGAGUACCUGGAGAGAUUGGCAAAUGAGGCUGCCGAUAUCGUUGCCGCAGCACUUGGGACAGAUGUUAUGGAGGAGAGGGACCUACAACCGGGGAAGCAGAGCAAUCUUAGACGAUGUGCCAUGAGCACAGUCCGGUUACCGUUCACGUUCAGGGAGGAUUUGGCAGCUUCUGAUUCUACUGUUACGCUUUUGAGAGCCGAUGAGGCUGGCGCGGUGGUCAGGUGGUUCCAAACUACUUUGGUGGAGGAGCAUGGGACAUUUGUUCCUUUUGUUGAGCAUGGGGGCUGGCUUUGGGUGCGACUUUCUGCCCAGGUCUACCUUGAGCGAAAGGACUUUGAGUGGUUGGCUGAAGUCCUCAAAGUGCUGUGCCAGCGAUACAGGACUAAAAGAUAUUAG